UUUUUCAAGUUUCCCCCCUCCCUCUCGUUUCUUUCUCUCCUCCCCUCAAACCCUAACUCUUAGUCCUACGCUCCUAUACCCCUGCAACAAACGUCGUUUCUUUGCGUUUACGAAGAAAUUGUUAUCCUUAGGGGAUAAGAAUGCAGCAGCAGAGGUUGAAACAGCAGCAACAGGCCUUGAUGCAGCAAGCUCUUCUUCUUCAGCAGCAGCAGCAACAACAACAGCAACAGCAAUCUCUCUAUCAUCCUGGCCUCUUGGCUCCUCCUCAAAUAGAGCCGAUUCCGAGUGGAAAUCUGCCUCCUGGAUUUGAUUCGAGUACAUGCCGCAGUGUGUAUGUGGGCAACAUUCAUACACAAGUUACUGAACAACUUCUUCAAGAGGUGUUCUCAAGUACUGGUCCCCUUGAAGGGUGCAAGCUUAUUAGGAAAGAUAAGUCAUCUUAUGGUUUUGUAGACUACUUCGACCGGAGAUCAGCUGCACAUGCUAUUUUAACUCUUAAUGGGAGGCAUCUGUUUGGACAACCUAUAAAAGUUAAUUGGGCAUAUGCUAGUGGUCAAAGGGAAGAUACUUCAGGCCAUUUUAACAUAUUUGUUGGUGAUCUUAGCCCUGAAGUUACAGAUGCAACCUUGUUUGCCUGCUUCUCUGUUUAUCCCAGUUGUUCUGAUGCAAGGGUUAUGUGGGAUCAGAAGACUGCUCGUUCAAGGGGGUUUGGGUUUGUUUCUUUUCGGAACCAACAGGAUGCCCAAAGUGCAAUAAAUGAUUUAACAGGAAAGUGGCUUGGAAGUAGACAAAUACGAUGUAACUGGGCGACCAAGGGUGCUGGUGCCAGUGAGGACAAGCAAAGUACAGAUGCAAAAAGUGUGGUUGAGCUAACUAAUGGAACAUCAGAAGAUGGACAGGAGACUACAAAUGUUGAUGGGCCAGAGAGUAACCCUCAAUAUACAACUGUGUACGUGGGUAACCUUGCUCCUGAGGUUACCCAGCUUGAUCUCCACCGCCACUUC